AAACAUUGAAAGCUUACAACGGCUUUUUUUGUGUGUGACUGAUUUUUAGCUCGCUUCAUUCUCUAUUGCGCACAUGUGAAUUGCGGAUGGCCGAUGAACCCCAAGCAAAGUACAGAAAAUUGGAUUUUGUUUUGACAUCAUCUAUAAAUAUGUCAGUUUGUGCUGCUCCUGUUCCGUUAACAAACGGGGAUUACAAAAUGAAGCCUUCUGCACCACUUGAUGAUAAAUCAAUGAAGGAGACCUCUAAAAUAGAAGAUAUGACAAGUAAAGACUAUUACUUUGAUUCUUAUGCUCACUUUGGAAUCCACGAAGAGAUGCUGAAAGAUGAAGUUAGAACUUUGACAUACAAAAACUCUAUGUACAACAAUAAGCACUUGUUUAAAGAUAAAAUUGUACUAGAUGUUGGUUGCGGAACAGGAAUUUUAUGCAUGUUUGCUAAAAAGGCUGGCGCAAAGCAUGUUUAUGGUAUUGAUAUGUCAUCUAUCAUUGAUCACGCUCGGAAAAUUGUUUCUGCUAACGGUUUUGAACAUGAUAUUACACUUAUAAAAGGAAAAGUUGAAGAAGUUGUUCUCCCUGUUGAAAAAGUUGAUAUAAUCAUUAGUGAGUGGAUGGGUUAUUGUUUGCUAUAUGAAUCAAUGUUAGACACAGUUAUAUUUGCUAGAGAUAAGUGGUUAAAACCAGGUGGUUUGUUGUUUCCUGAUAAGGCUUCCAUGUAUAUAACAGCUAUAGAAGAUAGAGAUUAUAAAGAAGAGAAGAUUAAUUGGUGGGACAGUGUGUAUGGUUUUGAUAUGAGUGCUAUUAGAACUGUAGCUUUAAAUGAACCUCUAGUUGAUGUCGUUGAAAAAAAUCAAGUUGUUACAGACUCUUGUUUAAUCAAGGACAUAGAUUUAUCUACAGUAAAAGUGGAAGAGUUAAAUUUUAGUGCCCCCUUCACAAUUCAAGCUAGAAGAAAUGAUUAUGUCCAUGCCUUUGUUACUUAUUUCACAGUUGAAUUUUCUGCCUGUCAUAAACGAACAGGUUUUUCUACUGGACCUGAAAGUCGAUAUACUCAUUGGAAGCAAACUGUGUUUUACAUGCCUGAUUCCAUUACAAUAAAGUAUGGAGAAUCUAUUCGUGGAGUCUUUGAAGUUGAACAGAAUAAGAAGAAUAAACGCGAUCUCGAUAUCAAACUUAAAUACGAAUUUGACGGCGAGUUGAUGUCUGUUGCCGAUACGCGAGAUUAUCGUAUGAGAUAGUUUAACUACUUUAACCAAACGAAUUUGUAUAUGAGUUGCGGUUACGUCUACUGGUCUGAAAAGCUGCAAAUUUUACUGGGUAUCUCUUCUGACAAGAAAAUCUUACAAUUUGCGCCGUAUUUGUAAAGUGAAGCAUCCUUGUCUAUGUAAUAUGUUAAUUUAUAGAUAUUGCUUUCUAAA